CGGGCAACAGACUUGUCCACCUUGCCUCCUGCCCCCUUCACUUCGGACGGCUGGCAAGAUGCCCGUCGCGCAGGUCACAGCGCCGUCAGGCUACAUGGAGUAUUCCUACGCAUCGAUAUCCCAGGUCGUCCUGGACGGAUGGGCGCUUACCGUGCAGGCUGUGGUCAAGCCUUCGGUUUGGACAGACCCGCGCAUAAUUCCCGCCUAUGUGGCCUUGGCAUCCGCUGUUCUCCUGGUACUCCACGCCAUUGUUGCCUCUCGCCCCGCUCAACGUAUGUGGGCCCGCCUUCGGAAUGUUGAGUUCGAGGAGCCGGUCGAGGAGCCCCUCACUGUACAGCCUGCGAGCUUCUGGUCUGAGUUCAAGCUUCAUGUUGCGAGCCACGGCGGCUGGACGAUCUAUGCCUUCAAGGUGGCGCGCCUCAUCGGCACCCUCGUACUCCUCGGCCUCAGCAUAGCGUCCUUCUUCAUCGACGAGGCAAGGCGCGUAGGUACGACCGAUCUCGAGGACGAUGUGGACGUGCUCGGAAAGGGAAAGUGGGGAAAGAAGCACAAGCAUAGGAAGCAACAUGCGCACUUCACGAAGAGGGAAUGGCUUGAGCUUGCCAUGUCCAUGACAUACCUCUACACCGUCCUCCUGGCUCUUAUCACGGUUGCCGCGAAGCCACAUGUCAGCAAGAUCGCCACCCGGCCGCUCUGCGUCAUACUCUUCGUCGCCUUCUGCGUCUACUUCUACCGCGACAUCGUCCCCUUCUUCAUGCCCGGCGAAAAGCCGAGCGAUCGCGUCGAAGGCCCUAUUCUCUGGGCCAAGAUCGUCGUCUCGACCAUCACCGCUGUGGUCAUCCCCCUGUUCGUACCCCACCAGUAUGAGCCGGUCGAGCCAGAGAACCCCCUGCCACCCAGCGACGAGCAGACUGCCUCCUGGAUCUCCUUCGCCACCUAUGCUUUCUUGGACCCGAUCAUCAAGAAAGCCCUCAAGGUCAACCACCUUACCCCUGAUGACUUUCCGCCGCUCUGUGACUACGACCGGUCGCAAUUCCUGCGCAAGAAAGCUUUCAAGCUCGUCGAUACCUUCUCGGGCGCGCCGAAGCGCCACCUGUUCUUCAACUUGAUGAGCUUGUUCCGCUACGAAUAUGUCUUCAUGGCGUCGAUGAUUAUCUUGAACGUGCUCUUCGGUUUCGCCAGCCCGGUCGCCAUCAACCGUCUCCUUGAUUACCUUGAGACUCGCGCGUACAAGCAGCCUACCUUCGAGCCUUGGUUCUGGAUCACCUGGCUCUUCCUCGGCCCUUCGCUCAUGGCGAUCGCCAUCCAGGGAUACAUCUUCGUCGCCACCCGCAUGCUGGUGCGCACGGAGGCGAUCAUCACGCAGCUCGUCUUCGAGCACGCUCUGCGCAUUCGCAUGAAGGCGGAGACGCCCAAUUCGACGCCGACGGUCAGCAAGGCGCCUACGCCCGACAACGGUUCCGUGGCGGAUCAGCCUGCUGGGUCGGAGUCGAGUGGCGAUGAGACCCUGCAUUCGGCCAGCCCGACUGAGACGACGACUACGACGACCGCUGUUGGAGGCACGAAGGCGAAGAAGGGCAAGGGUGACAAGGAAGAGGAGGGCCACUCGUCCAGCGAGGCGCUUGUUGGCAAAAUCAACAACCUCGUGACGACGGAUCUCAACAACUUGGUUGAUGGACGCGACUUCUUGUUCAUCAUCCUGUACAUCCCGCUCCAGAUCGCUCUUUGCAUUGUCUUCCUCUACAAGAUCUUGGGCUGGAGCUCUCUCGUCGGUCUCGCCGUCAUCAUCGCGCUCUUCCCCGUCCCCGGCUACGUCGCCAAGAAGAUCCAGGACGUCCAAGUCGCCCGCCUCAAGCGCACCGACGCGCGCGUCCAGACCGUCACCGAAACCAUGAACGUCCUCCGCAUGAUCAAGCUCUUCGGCUGGGAGUGGAAGAUGUCCGAGCGCGUCGGCGCGAAGCGCGAGGAGGAGCUCAAGUGGAUCUGGAAGCGCCAGAUGCUCGACAUGGUGAACGGCAACCUGAACUUCGUCAUCCCGAUUUUCACGAUGAUGGCGACGUAUAUCACGCAUACGGCGAUCAUGGGCGAGCCGCUGUCGGCGAGCAAGGUGUUCAGCUCGAUUACGGUGUUUGAUAUGUUGCGGGAUCAGCUGCAUACGAUCUUUGGGAUGAUUGGCCUUACGGUGUCUGCGAAGGUCUCGCUGGACCGUGUAAAUGAUUUCUUGAAGAACACCGAGCUCCUCGACGAAUACUCCGGCAAAGACUCGCCCAUGGAAUUCUUCGCGCAAGACGAGGGUGUCUCGAUGGAAGAAAUCGGUUUCCGCAACGCCGCCUUCACUUGGUCCGAGGACGCCGCCGGCUCCCUGACUCCCUCCAAGCGCAACUUCAUGCUCAAGAUCGAGGACGAGCUCCUCUUCCGCCGCGGUGGAAUCAACCUCAUUAUCGGCCCUACCGGCUCAGGCAAGACGAGCUUGUUAAUGGCACUCCUCGGCGAGAUGCACUUCGUGCCGUCCGCACCGGACUCGUGGUUCCACCUCCCCAGGAGCGGCGGCGUUGCGUAUGCGGCGCAGGAGUCGUGGGUGCAGAACGAGACCAUUCGGGAUAAUAUCGUCUUUGGUUCGCCUUUCGACGAGGAGAGGUACAAGAAGGUCUUGUACCAGUGCGGUCUGGAGCGUGAUCUUACGCUGUUCGAAGCCGGUGACCAGACGGAAGUUGGCGAAAAGGGUUUGACGCUGUCGGGUGGCCAGAAGGCGCGCGUGACUCUGGCUCGCGCUGUGUACUCCAAUGCGCAGAUCUUGCUUCUAGAUGACGUUCUUGCCGCGCUCGACGUCCAUACCGCCAAGUGGAUCGUGGACAAGUGCUUCUGCGGAGACCUCAUCAAGGGCCGCACCGUUCUGCUCGUGACCCACAACGUCGCUUCUACGCGCAACAUCGCCAACUUUGUUGUCUCCCUGGGAGUUGACGGUCGCAUUGCUGCGCAGGGCACCGUGCAGGAGGUUCUCGCCCACGAGCCCGAGCUCGCAGUUGAGGCGGAGAAGGAGGAGGCCGAGAUCAAGAAGGUUGAAGACAUUGAAGGCCAGCCAGAGGUUCCUCCUGCUGAGGAAGAGGCCAAGUCCGAUGGCAAGCUCAUUGUCGCGGAGGAGGUCGAAGAGGGUCAUAUCAGCUGGAAAGCGCUCAAGCUCUACCUGGCUGGUCUCGGCGGGAACCAUCCCAUGCUCUUCUUUAUCGCCUGCAUCGGUGGUAUCCUCAUCACGGAGAGCUUUGGCGCGUUUGAGACUUGGUACCUUGGCUACUGGGCGGGCAAGUACGAGGAGGCGGCUGACCCAAGAGACGUCAACGUGUUUUCCUAUGCAACAAUCUACGCAUGCAUGUUGUUGACUGGCGUUGCUAUCUACUGCGUGGUGUUUAUUAUCUAUACCUACGGGAGCAUCCGGGCUUCGCGCACCAUACACAAGCAGCUCGUUGACUCCGUCUUGGGCACGACGCUUCGCUGGCUGGACACUACUCCGACUUCUCGAGUCAUCGCCCGCUGCACACAGGACAUCCGUUCUGUGGACGGUCCGAUUGCGCAAAACCUCUUCUGGCUCUUGGACAUGACCAUGUCAAUGAGCGUCAAGUUUGUCGCGGUCGUCAUCUUCAGCCCGCUCUUCCUUGUUCCUGGUGUGGCUAUCGCGGCGCUCGGAGGUUACUGUGGUGAGAUGUACAUCAAGGCGCAGCUGUCGGUCAAACGAGAGAUGUCGAACGCCAGAGCCCCCGUGCUCGCCCACUUCGGCGCAGCUAUCGCUGGUUUGACCUCUAUUAGGGCGUACGGUGUCCAGUCUAGGGCCCUCUCCGAGUCCAUGGAGCGCGUCAACCGCUACGUCCGGGCAGCGCGUGCAUUCUACAACCUCAACCGCUGGAUCUGCAUUCGCAUCGACGCUCUUGGUGGGCUGUUCGCCGCUUUGCUUGCGGGAUACCUCGUCUACUUCCAGGAUCAAAAGUCCUCGACCACCGGCUUCUCGCUCAACAUGGCGGUCGGCUUCAGUGGCAUGAUCCUGUGGUGGGUGCGCAUCCUGAACCAAUUUGAGGUCGAGGGCAACAGUCUCGAACGUAUUCAAGGCUACGUGACCAUCGAGCAGGAGAAGAAGCCAUCUUCCGAUGGCGUCCCCCCUGCGUAUUGGCCUGCCAGCGGCGAACUCAAGGUGGAGAAACUGGCUGCGCGGUACUCAGCCGACGGACCGAAGGUCCUGCACGAUAUCUCUUUCCACAUCAACUCCGGAGAACGCAUCGGUGUCGUGGGACGGACUGGGUCUGGCAAGAGCUCCCUCACGCUCUCUUUGCUUCGCUGCAUCUUUACGGAGGGCGAGGUCUACUAUGAUGGUUUGUUGACGUCCGGCCUCAACCUAGACGCGCUGCGGUCGAGCAUCACCAUCAUACCUCAAGUGCCUGAGCUUCUCAGUGGUACGCUUCGUCAGAACCUCGAUCCGUUCGACCAGUACGACGACGCGACUCUGAACGAUGCAUUGCGUUCUGCCGGCCUCUUUGCCCUCCAAAGUGAGAUGGACGAGGGUAGAAUCACUCUGGAUAGCGCUAUAUCCUCCGGAGGCAGCAACUUGUCUGUCGGGCAGCGCCAAAUUUUAGCGCUCGCUCGUGCUAUCGUUCGGGGUAGCAAGCUGCUCAUCCUCGACGAAGCUACCUCAGCCAUCGACUACAAGACCGACAACAUCAUUCAAACGUCGUUGAGGGAACAGCUGAAGGGUGAUGUGACCCUAAUUACUAUUGCACACCGGCUGCAGACUAUCAUGGAUGCAGACAAAAUUAUGGUGCUUGACGCGGGCAGAAUCGUUGAGUUCGACAAGCCCAGCGAAUUGCUCAAGAAGCAAGACGGGAGGUUGAAGUCCCUCGUCGACGAAUCGGGAGACAAGGCUCGGCUUUACGCGAUUGCGGAAGGGCGCGAGCGAGUCUGAGUACGCAUCUGACACAUAUCUCACAUUGUAUCUACUGCUAGAUCUAUCGCAACAUAUAGAGCUCCUGAGCAACGCAAAAGUAUUGUUCGAC